AUGGAAGAACUGAGUAUUCAGAGUGGUUGUGUGUUGUAGGGUGCCAGAGUGGUUAUUCCACCACAGGGGAGCGCUGUAGUGUUGCAGCAGCUGCAUCAGUCUCAUCCAGGGAUCACAAGAAUGAAAGAGUUAGCACAAAGCUAUAUCUGGUGGCCCAACCUAGACACAGACAUUGAGAACAUCGUGAAGUCAUGUGUAAUAUGUCAAGAAAACAAAAACCUACCUCCAGUGGCCCCUUUGCAUCCAUGGGAAUGGCCAGAAAUUCCAUGGAGGAGACUUCACAUUGACUACGCAGGACCAUGGAUGGGUAAGAUGUUCCUCAUAGUCAUAGAUGUGCAUUAAAAGUGGUUGGAGGCCUACCAACUAAACAGAUCUACAUCAGCCAUUACCAUCGUUUUAAGACACAGCUUCAGUCAACAUGGCAUUCCAGAGAUAGUGGUCUCAGAUAAUGGUACAUGUUUUACCAGUGCUGAAUUUGUAGAUUUCAUGAAGAGAAAUGGCAUUAUGCACGUACAGUAACUACGGCACAGUACCACGCAUCAUCUAAUGGUCUAGCAGAAAAGCACAGGGAGUAGCAUUGAGACCAAAGUAGCUAGAGCACUUUUUAUCUACAGAAUUACACCUCAGUUCAUGACUAGAAAAUCCCCUGCAGAGCUACUACACGGGAGGAAGUUGAGAUCUAUGCUGGACCUCAUUCACCCAGAUUUUGGAACAGCUGCAACAGAAACUGUACCAUGA